CAUUUCAUCAGAAACUGAACACCGAAGCAGCAGCUGAUCGAUAUGAACCGCGCAUAAUACUGAGGAUAGGACAUUCUAUCAGUCAGUGAAUUCUGAAUUAUUUAUAAUGUUUUAUCCGGAAUCACGCUAUAAAAGUGCAAAAUGGACAAUGUUCUGACAGGAACUUUGUAGGCGAGACGAUGAAGGCUUUAAGGUGUACGUGGGGACUACGAGAAGAGCUUAGGGGCUUCUGUCUACCGUGAGCAGUUCGAUUUCAACGCGGAGCCCCCUUGGGAUCCCAGCUGAUAGCUGGAGGGGGUCGACCUCUGACCUGUCCCUGUAGGUUCACAUCGCUGUAUCCUCACUACUGUACGCUUGCAUGAAGCUUCAAGUGCGACCGGACGUCCUCCUGCCCUCCGUGACUGAGCAGUUUCAGUCUGUAGCUGUUUUUAAACCUGCUUUGAGGAUGGACUGCUGAGCAGAUAUCGCUAGGACCCAAGAGCUCUGGGGUGUCUCAUAAAUAGGUGACCUGCUUUAUGCCUGUCAGAGCGUCAGAUUACGGAUGAGAAUGAAGGGAACUCCGGAUGAACCACGAUUUUCCGUUGAGCUGCUGGAGGGAAGUGCAGCCGUCCGAGAUGUGAUCGAUAAACACAUCCGUGAUCAAACUCUUGCACUGAAGAGUGCAUUUUUUGUGGCUGACCUGGGGGUGGUUGUGCGGCGGCAAGUUCGCUGGAGAGCUCAAAUGGACCAGAUUCGGCCUUUCUACGCGGUCAAGAGCAACAGCAGCCCUGUGGUCGUUGAAAUCCUGGCUGCUCUCGGAACUGGCUUUGUUUGUUCAAACAAGCAUGAGCUGGACUUAGUGAAGGGCUUUGGCGUCCCGUCUCAGGACAUCAUCCUCGGAGGCACGUGCAAACAGCUGUCGCAUAUCAAAUACGCAGCCAAACACAACAUCUCCCUCCUGGUUUGUGAUAAUGAGGUGGAGCUGAGGAAGAUUGCACGAUGUCAUCCCAAAGCAAAGGUGUUGCUGCUGUUGAGAUCGGAGAGCUGUUGUGAGCGUGAGGAGACGGUCAUACCGUUCGGCUCCACGCUGAGGGACUGCAGACACCUGCUGGAGAGAGCCAGAGAGCUCAGUCUGCACGUUACAGGAGUCAAAUUCAACAUUCCCAGUUGUUGUCAGGAUGCACAGGCGUUCUCUCGUGCGGUCUCUGACGCCCGCUGUGUCUUUGAUAUGGGGGAGGAGCUGGGCUUUGAGAUGAGUGUUCUGGACGUCGGAGGCGGCUUUGAUGGAAGUGAGGCGCAGUUAGACGAGGUCAACCAGACGCUGAAACCCGUGCUGGACAUGUAUUUUCCUCUCUCCACCGGCUUGUCGAUCAUCGCUGAACCCGGAGUUUAUUAUGUGUCGUCUGCCUUCACGCUGGCCAUGAAUAUAAUCGCUAAGAAAAGCGUGGCUCGUGAUUUCAGUGGUCAAGUGCACAAUGCACUGUCUGCGAACGACGAGCCUGAGUUUCUCUACUACAUGAACGAUGGGGUUUAUGGGUCUUUUGCCGGUAAACUUCUGUGUGAAGAUUCAAUAUCGAUGCCUUCAGCACACAAGGAGGUGAGCGCAGAAGAGCCGCUGUUCUCCAGCAGUCUGUGGGGUCCGUCUGCUGAUGAUCUGGAUCAGGUGGUGGAGCGAUGUCUGCUUCCGGAGCUCAGUGUUUUUGUGGACUGGCUGCUUUUCGGCAACGCAGGGGCCACAUUCACUAACGGAGAGGAACACAACCCGCCCGUCUUCUACAGCAUCACCGAAUGCGACUGGCAACACGUUCAUAACUGUGGCGUCACUUUGGACGUGAGGAUGAGGAACUUCUCUUUGAUACCGUGCUGCUUGCAACCAAACACAUCCAAGGUGUCCGUUUCCACCCCGGCGUAACAUAAAGCCACGUAUCAACGUCAUUAUUUCAACUAACUUGAAGCACUUACGAACCUGGAAUCUUCUAAGAAGCUGGGACCAGAGCUGAAGAAGUGUUCUUGACCAUCACAACUGCAAACGGAUGCGAUUAGCUUUAACAAAUGAGCCAGCUGGCCUUUACAGAUACAUUUAAUUAUAUUUAAGUGUGUUUUACAAAUAUAUACGCGCAUAAUAGUUCCGCUUACUAAUGGAAUCGGUCAUGUACCCAACAGGGGAAGUUAUUUAUUAAAGCUCCAGUCUAGUUUCAUGACAUCAUCAGAUGCUUUUAAAGAAACGUGCACGUGUUACGAAGAUGAUGUUUGAACUGGAAAAUUGUGUUCUUCGUCCUAUUUGAACUGUUAAAGGAAUAGUUCAGCAGAGCACUGUGGUGUGUUUUUGUGGACAAAAUAUAAUGGAGAGUUUGUAAACUGUUGAAAUCUUCUGCCCAGAACACACGUUAAAGGGAUAGUUCAUCCAAAAACGCUAAAUCUGCUGCAAAUGGACUCGACCUCAGGCCAUCCAAGCUAUAAAUGAGUUUGUUUCUUCGUCAGAUUUGGAGAAAUGUAGCAUUGAUUGCAUCCCUUGCUCUGCAGCGAAUGGGUGCCGUCAGAAUGAGAGUCUGAUAAAAACAUCACAAGUAAUCAGUCCAUCAGUUCACAUCCGGAGAAGACAAAAACUGAAACAAAUCCAGCAUUAAAAUGAUUUAAUCUGUGCAUAAUUCUCUCCUGAUUCAGACGAGAAACUACUGGAGGAAGCGCUGUUAAGGAUAGAGGACUCAUAUUAUGGCUAAAAGUAAAGGUGUGAAGUUAAAAAUGUCUUAGAUUUUGUGAUUACUGUGCUGUUUUUAUCAGCUGUUCGGACUCUCAUUCUGACGGCACCCAUUCACUGCUGAGACACUGAUGGAAAGCUUUCAAACUAAUCUUUUUUUUAACGCAAGUAUGCAAAUGCAGACACCCAAGUGCAAAGAUCUGGUCCAGUUGCUUGCAUUGCAUUGACGAGCAAGUUUUUGCAUUUAAAUGAAAGCUGACGUGUGCGGUCGUUUCUCAAAAUGCAGUAUUGUGUCUGCUUCACAUACUUGUGUAGUUUGUUUCGGGCCUCUUCUAAGCAGUAGUCAGCGAGUGUC